AUGACGAAGAAACGUUCAGCGUCCUUGGUUGCCAGUGAAAGCCCAUGUAAGCGACAGAAAACCUCCAAUCUGUCUCUGUUGACUACUGAUCCUACGGGAUUGGCUGUGUUUCUUAAGAAAAUUGAAGAAGACGAAGGAGACAUUGUCAGUGAAUACUUGUCUGAGUCCAACGGUGCCGAACUACUUGUGCUCCUUGAGAGUGGCUACGAUCGGAAAGCCAACGAAUUAGCGGUUAUCCUUCGUGUUAUUGCCACUAUCAUUGUGCGCACUCGAACUGAUUUGUCUGAAUUGUAUGGUGACACAGGACGAAGGCUUGCCGAAGGUGUUCUCGAGGAGGCUCCCUUAGCGGCCUGUUUUCGUGCACUUAAGCCACAGAGCAGUGCAGAGGCUGCUAAGGCCUCGCUUCAACUCCUUGCUGCCGUGGUGUCCACAGACCCUGUUCUGCUUGGCCGGAGCCUCCUGAGAAGCGUCAAUUUCGACCACCCCGAUUGGGUUCAAGUGUCUCGGCGGAGGAAUACCAAAGACCCAUCUGACGUGCGAACUUGUUUCGUGAAUUUUAUAGCUUCCUUUCUUGUGUCGGGCAAUAACCUUCUCAUUCGGGAGCUGCUAGAAUCCAAAAAUGCCAUCAUGCUACUGAUUUCUGAGUCCUUCACGGAUAAGCUUCAGAAUGUGCUGCUUAUUCUCACGCUGCUGAGGACUAGUGUUUGCGAGAACCCCACAGUCAGCAAGACCAUCAAAAUGCGUAUAUUUAACAGGGCAACAUUGAAACAAUUGGCCUACCUUUACGCAUAUCGUGGUGAAGCCCUCUCUGCGAAGGCUGCUUUGGCAAGAAGCGACGCCGAUAUUGACGCGCAGGCGGUGGAGAUGGUGAGGGACACGCUUCACAAACUACUCCACCCCCUUACCUCUUCUCCCCUAUUUGGGAUUGUUUUUCGAGAACGGGCGUCAGUUGAAGGCAGUUUUGUUCAGGUGGCAAAACGGCGCUUUUCUGCGUGGAAUUAUCAUUAUCUUCCGUUUCACAGUAAACAAAACGAACACUUGCUCUCUCUGCUUCUCUCUCCACCAAUGGAAAACGCGUUUACCGAUGAUCUGCGACGUGAGCUUGCCUCGGAUUGUCUGCUUGCCUGUCCGGCCCUGCUGCCCGCUUACCUGGCGCACUGGGCACCGUCGAUGGUACCGCGUGACUCCGAUAAUUGGCAUGACCUGAUGGGCUUUGUAAAUCAAGUCAGUGAUGCCUCCUUUUUUAUUAAUCAAGUGCAUGCGCACCGUGUGUGGGUUUUUGUUGAGUCGUAUUGUUCGUUUACUCGAUCUCAGGUUCUAAUCGCAACGUUUGGCGUUGAUUUCUUCGUUGCCGCGGCUAGGACUCUCAGUUCCACAAACAUGUCCAAAGCAUAUUUCUCAUUACAGCUCUUCACAUUGUUUCAAAAACGACUGGUUAGUCGAGCAUCACAGUUGCUCGAACUGUCGCAGGACAUGGGCCAAUUUGUUCAAGGCAUAUCCGAUGUCUGUUUGCCGCCGGCUUGCAUUGUGGAGCCUCUCCGCGUGGCCUCCCAGCAUGAAAGUUCGGCGGUCGUGAAGACCUCAGCUGCCAUUCACAAGACCCUCCGCAAAAACCUCUCACUCCUCUUGACUUGGCUCAGUACCACGGAUGAGCUGAAGGCGAAAGGCGCUACCGCAGAGGCAGUAGUUUCUGCGAUCCUCAAGCUUCUCCCAGAGAGGGUUUUGGCAGAAAAGUGGUUUCAUCGAUUUUCAAAAACACUGAAAAAAGAACAUACUGACGUUCAAGUUUUGAACGACCAAGUCCUCAUGCAUGCCGAAGCCGACGACGAACCUGAAGAACAGCCAGAAGAAUCGGAUAAAAGGGACGAGCCACCAUCUCCUGAGGAGGAGUUAGCGGCCCUGCCUAAAAGCAUGUUGUCUUCAGUACGUUGCUGCACAUGUGGUUAUCGAGGCUUUAGAAAUUACUGGCAAAAAGCUACUGUUUACGAUUGCAUCGCAGCAGGAGUACGACUGUUUUCCCGGGCCGAUGCGAAAGUUGGGUGGGGAAGGACUGAAAAGUCCCACAAAGACGGAAGUCUUUCACCCAGUCCUAAAAAACUUAUUAAACUAAUUUCGAAGAACCCAGUGUUCAGGUCGAUUCUUUUUGAGAAGGUCCUUGGACGUCCGGCUGAGGAGCUCUCGUCUCUUUCGCUGUCACGCACAAAGGCCGGGUUGGUGAAUUUACUGUUGGCCCUUGUGGAGGCGGAGCCGAUUGUCGCCGCCAAAAAGAUCCCCCUUGUCGCCCUCCUGGCGGCCUAUCGAGGCAGCCUUUCGCUGUGUGAUCGACUUCUUCUGCAGCUGAUCUAUCUACUUGACAUAAACGGGACUACCGUAUCAAGCAUUUGGGGCAUGUCCAGUAAGGCCGUGGUUUGGGGUGACCGCCUGUUUGACCACUACCGUUUCGCCACAACCCUCAGCGAGAUACCAACGUUGUGGCGUGAGCCAAACCCCGGGGCGUUUUUGAGCAUGCUGGACAAGGAUCGAGUUCUUCGUACAGCGGUCGCAUUUCCUGUAACCCGACGGUGUUUGGCCCGGUCGUCGAUGGGUGUUGAGAACAUCCCGCUGGAUGCUGACCUCUACGACCCGUGCUUCUUGCUCCCACUCUUCCUGCAGUAUCUCUCACCGGGAGAUGCUAAUGAGCAAAUGAACCCCGAGAAGUUGGAUCUUCGUGGAUUUUACACCCGCAAUUGCCUAUCACUCGCAAUUGGCGCGCUGUCCAGCUACUCGCGUCACAUUCGUGGACUGGCAAAGUCUGUUAUUGCACGGUUUCGACAGCUCUCCGACGCUUGGAAGCCAACCAAAGUCCCCAACACGCCAAUGGCCCUGGCAGUCAUGAAACAAUUUCCAGAACGCCUGCAGCUCAAUUUCAUUCUCGACACCCUGCGCAACAGCCUGAGCACGAAGGCCAGUGAGUUGGGCGGCGGGCCACGGUGUGUGGUGUUGUUUGGGUCAAAAGCGGACACCUCGUUCCGCCUCACGCGGAUUCACGCCAAUUUCUUCAUUCAGUCCCUGGAAAUGCUCACAAAACCAGAACAUCGGAUGUAUGAAGUGUUUUGGAACACUUAUCUUGCAAAGCCCUCCAUCGAUUUGGGAACCGUUCCGGACUUUAUUCGGAUCAUGUUUUCCGUUCAUGAAGACUUCCGAGUGGAACGCCAGUGGAUGGUUAAACUGUGCGCGGACAGUGUUAACGACACGUCGGAUUACUUGCUCCUUGAGAAAUCACGGGUCUACAAGUACUGCCUCCUGCUCUACGCCGACCCCGCUACCGAUACCACAACCCAGAUUCAAAUUCUGCGCCUUUUUGCAGCGACCACGAGGCUACCACGGGCGUGUCAUGCGCUAACCCGUUUUCACGCCUUCCCACUGUGGCUAUUUCGACAUGCCCUGUCAACGACGCAUGCUCCUUCCUUGUGCUACUUCCUCACAAUCAUCUCACAAAUGCUGGCGGCAUUUGAAGAUGCCAAGGAGAAUUCACCAUGCCUCACGAUGUUGCGCCUCCUCGACGUUACCUUUAGGAAAAUUCACGACGAGUCUUCAUUUUCGAAGCGGAAGAUCAAGCCUAUGUUAUCUUAA